AGAGCAGGGAGAGGGGCGCUGAGAUACAAGGGGUGCAGAGCUCCCCCCUACCCCUCUGCAGGGGUAGCUGGUCCAGGAGCUGGGGCAGGCAGGGAACUGGGGCAGGAGGAACAGCCGCUGCUGGGGCCAGUUCAUUCUCUUGGGAGACCCAUGGCAUUAUCUGUUUAAAUGCUAUCUAAGGGACCUCGGACCCCCGGCAGCAGCUACACCUCGGGGUGCUGCGGGAGCUCGGUGUUCCUUGGGGGCCCCCCCUGGCAGCACGACCAGUCACCCAGGAGCCUUGUGAAUUGCAUACCUAGAAGGGGCUUUACCCUGCCUGAGGAGGCUUUAAAAUAACGUGAUCACACCUUGACUAUGAAUGGGUACUUGGAUGAAUCCAACUUCAUGAUGGUGGAGGAGGGGUUCACCACCAGAGACCUCCUGGAGAACCUCCUGGUGGAGCUAUGCCAGGAGAGCGACCAGCAAGCCUUCUUCGUGGCAGACCUUGGGGACAUUGUGAAGAAGCACCUGCGUUUCCUGAAGGCCUUGCCCCGUGUGAAACCCUACUUCCCGGUUAAGUGCAACGGCAGUGAAGGAGUGAUCCGGCUGCUGGCUGAGCUGGGGGCAGGCUUUGCCUGCACCAACAAGGCAGAGAUUGCACAGGUUCAAAGCAUCGGAGUCCCGGCUGAGAAGAUCUUCUACAGCAGCCCCUGCAAGCAGGUCACCCACAUCAAAUACGCAGCCAGCCACAGUGUGCAGCUGAUGACCUUUGACAAUGAGGUGGAGCUGAACAAGGUGGCCAGGAGCCACCCUCGGGCCAGGAUGUUGUUGGGUAUCGCUGCUGACUCCAGCCCUUCUGCCCAUCCGAGCAUGACGUUUGGGACCACGCUCAAGUCCUGCCGGCACCUGCUAGAGACAGCGAAGGAGCAGGCCGUGGAGGUCGUUGGCAUCAGCUUUCACCUCGGGAGCCGUGGUUUGGAGCCCCAGACCUUCACCCAGUCUGUGGCUGCGGCGCAGCUGGCCUUUGAGAUGGGCAUGGAGCUGGGCUACCAGAUGCGCCUCCUGGACAUCGGAGGAGGAUUCCCUGGCACCGAGGACACCAGAGCCCGGUUUGAAGAGGUGGCUGCCGUGAUAAACUCUGCCUUGGACUCGUAUUUCCCAGAGGGCUGCGGGGUGGAGGUCAUUGCAAGGCCCGGGCGGUACUACGUCACCUCCGCCUUCACCUUCGCUGCCAGCGUCACUGCCAUGGGAGAGGCUCCCGCGGAGCAGCCUGGCUCCGACGAAGAAGAACCUGGCAGCAAGAGGAGCCUCGUGUACCACCUCAGCGAUGGCAUCUAUGGCGCCUUCAGCUGCCUCCUGUUUGACAGCCCCUGCCCCAGACCUCAGCUACACAAGAGACCCUGCCCAGAGCCCCACUCUCUCAGCACCAGCCUCUGGGGACCCCCGGGGCACCCUGAGGACCACAUCGCUGACGGCCUGGAGCUUCCCCAGCUGCAGGUCGGGGACUGGCUGAUUUUCCAGGACAUGGGUGCCUACACCAUCGCCACCUCCUCCCCGCUUGGGGGGUGUCCCCAGCCACACGUCACCUACGCCAUGUCCCGCCUGGCCUGGAAAACCGUCCAGCUUUUCCAGGGAAAACCCCCACCAACGGAAGAUGACCGGGAGAGUGUCUGCGCCCCGUUGUCCUGCGGCUGGGAGAUGGGGGAGACCCUCUGCGUCCCCCCGGUCUUCGCUCCGGCCGGUAUCAUCUGAGCAGCGCCGGUACCAGGGAGGGGGGGAACGGGUUCUCCCGGGAAACCUGCAGCGAGAACUGGGAAAUUCGUGCCAUAAAUCCCGUUUCUCCUGCC